AUUUUACGAUUGCAGAAAUAAUAAUCCUAAACAGCAGGCUUCUGCCAAAACUAAUUUGUGUUUUUUUUCGAAAUACUUAAAUAUACCGUAUUAAGAAGAAAGACUAGGAUCUGCUAUGCUUCAAAAAGACUUUGUUGAAACGUGUCAUGGAUGAUUUAGACGAACUUUUAGACGCUCUUCAAGCUAGUAGUAAAUUACAUCCGAAUGGAAUACAGCGUAAUUCUAUGGAUGAAAUGAGUUUACCAAAACCUUGUAACCAAAGUUUGAAUGCCGACUACGACUUUCCAGAUGAAGACUUUCCAGCUCCUCCUCCAGAAAUUUUAGCCGAGCCGAAAACUGGAGAGGAAAACUCAAAAUUGGGUAAAAACCUUAACGAGUUGGAUAAUCUAUUACGUGAUUUAUCAUCAGCUCAGUUUCAUGCUCAAAUUUCGCAAGAAGAUAAUGGAAAGAUUAAACCUGAUAAACAAAAUACUAUGGUAAAAGAUCCGUCUGUAAAUACAAUGCUAUCUCAACUGGAGGAGGAUUUAGAAUCGCGCAAUGACACUUCUAAUGUUUACAACAAAAUACGGCCGGAUAGCACUGGUGGAGGAUCUUCCGGAGCAAGUAGCGGUACAGCUCUUUCGGCUACUCAAGAACUAGAUACACUUCUUGAAUCUUUAAAUGACUUUCAAAUCAGUCAACAAUCUUCUAAUGCAAAACCCAUAGAAGUGGAGAAACAAUCGAAUGAAGAACCAAUCUACUCCGUUCCAAAGAAAUGGAAGGAUAGAGAAUUAAAAGCUUUAUCCUCUUCUGAUGAACAGCCUGCAAACAACGUAGAUCAACUGGAUAAUAUGUUGGGUAACUUGCAACAGGAUAUGAUCAAGCAAGGAGUACAAAUGAUACCAAAGGGUCAUUGUGCCGCUUGCACUAAUCCCAUUAUUGGACAAGUUAUUACCGCCUUGGGUUUUAUGUGGCAUCCCGAACACUUUGUAUGCUAUCAUUGUAAAAAAGCUUUGGGAACGAAUACUUUUUUCGAAAGGGAUGGAAAACCAUAUUGCGAGCAUGAUUACCAUCUUUUAUAUUCACCCCAAUGCGCAGCUUGUAGCGAUCCUAUUUUAGAUCAUUGUCUAACUGCCCUAAAUAAAACCUGGCACCCUGAACAUUUUUGUUGCACGAAUUGUGGCCAAUCUUUUGGGACAGAAGGUUUUCACGAAAAGGAUGGUAAACCAUUCUGCAGAAAGGAUUACUUUGAAAUGUUUGCUCCUAAAUGUAGCAGUUGUGAUAAUGUGAUACGAAACAAUUACAUUUCCGCUUUAAAUAAACACUGGCAUCCAGAAUGUUUUGUAUGUCAGGAAUGCCGUAAACCUUUCGGGAAAGGAAGCUUUUUCGAGUAUGAAAAAUUACCAUAUUGUGAAACAGAUUUCUAUAAAGUGCGUGGUUCUAUCUGCGCCGUUUGUCAAACUGCUAUUGCUGGCCGUUGUGUUACGGCUAUGAAUAAGAAAUUCCACCCUGAUCAUUUUAGAUGCCAGUAUUGCAAUAAUGUAUUAAAUAAGGGCACAUUUAAGGAACAAGACAGCAAGCCCUAUUGUCACGCCUGCUUCAUAAAACUACAUGGGCUCUAA